AUGGCAGAUAGGGAGCAUCGAACGGUGUUUGUUACAGUGGGGACUACAUGUUUUGAUGCUCUUGUCAUGGCGGUAGAUUCUCCAGAAGUGAAGAAGGCUUUAUUGCAAAAAGGUUAUAGUAAUCUUGUUAUUCAAAUGGGCCGAGGAACAUAUGUUCCAUCCAAGGUCUCAGGAGAUGCUACCCUUCAAGUUGAUCAUUUCACAUUUUCACCAAGCAUUGCUGACAAUAUGGGAACAGCUUCUCUAGUUAUCAGCCAUGCAGCAAUGUAUCACAAGUUCCAGUUUCUCAAAGAUUUAGCUCUGGCAGGUUCAGGAAGCAUAUUUGAAACGCUACGACUCGGCAAACCACUAAUCGUUGUUGUAAAUGAAGAUUUGAUGGACAAUCACCAGAGUGAAUUAGCAGAAGAAUUGGCUGAAAGGAAGCAUCUCUUCUGUGCACGCCCACAAACAUUGGGAGAGACCAUCCGGGCAAUGGACCUAGAGACAUUAGUUCCUUAUAAGCCAGGGGAUGCCAAACCAGUUGUCACCCUGAUCAACAAAUUUCUUGGCUUUCCCGUUGACUGA